UUUCUCCUUUAUGUGUUGGUGGACGAGAGUCUGUAGAAGCCACCUCGGCUUGCCUUGUUUGUAGAGAUGGUCUCUUGGGUCCCUUUUCCCUGCGUCCCCCCCGAGCUUGAAGCAGAGGGUGGCUUUUAUUAUCAGGAUUAUUUAUUAGUGAGAAGAGGAGCGGAAAGCAAGGAGAGUAGAGAAGGGGGGUUUGCUCUGCAGGGAUACCCAGUUCUUUUCCCCCCUCUCGGGGCGGAACAAAAGGUCUUCCUUUCGGUCCUCCGCUCUGAAGCGAGGACUUGGCUUUUUAGGUGUAAAAAAUGCUGGACAAAAAGGCGGCGGCACCGAAGCGGGGCAGAGGAGGGGCAGGAAAAUCCGGACGCGUGGGGCACGGAGGCAGCUGUUUCUUCCUCUUCCCCCGGCAAAGAGGGGCUGCUUUGGGGGACGGUGGGACAGCGGCGAGGAAGAAGCCGAGAGAGACUGACCGGGGCACCACAUUGAGGAAUUUCUAGUAUUCGCAAUGGCUGUAGUAGGAGAGGGUGCUAGUAAGAGAGAGAGAGGGCGGGCGGGCGGAUUAGCUGGAGUGUGCGAGGGGUGGGCCGGGCUUGUAGCCUUCGUUCCCUCUUCUUUUUUUCAAUGAUUUGUUUUCAAAAACGGGCUGCUCUCGCCCAAAUUCUGCAGGGAGAAGGAGUGGAAAGUGAUGGGAACCGAUUAUAUAAAUCCCGUGUGGGCUGGGGAUGUGCGGAGGGCCUCCCCCUUCCCAAACUCCUGCCGCGUUUUGCAGCUCUUGCGGAGGGGAGGCUAGAUCCUUCCCUCCCUCUCUCACUCUGCAACCCGGGAAAUGGUGGUUGGAGUUAAAGAGCUGGAGAAGUCCUUUGUCACCGGGUGCUGUGAGAGAGAUCUUAAAAGAACUCGAUGACUAUUAUGAAAAAUUCAAACGGGAAACAGAUGCAGUACAAAAGAGAAGAUUAUUGCAUUGUAUUCAAAGGGCACUGAUACGAAGUCAAGAACUGGGAGAUGAAAAGAUCCAGAUUGUCAGCCAAAUGGUAGAACUCGUCGAGAACAGAACUAGACAAGUUGAUAGUCAUGUAGAAUUAUUUGAAACCUGUCAAGAGACCAAUGACAUUACUGGAAAUAGUGGUAAGGCUAAUCAAGAUAAAUCAAAGAAUGAAACACUGACUCAGGCAGAAAAGCCCAACAAUAAGCGAUCUAGGAGGCAAAGAAAUAAUGAAAACCGUGAGAAUGCUUCUAAUAAUCAUGAUCAUGAUGACAUCACUUCAGGAACACCAAAGGAGAAGAAAGCAAAAACUUCCAAGAAAAAGAAGAGGUCUAAGACCAAAGCAGAGAGGGAGGCUUCCCCUGCAGACCUGCCCAUUGAUCCCAAUGAACCAACCUAUUGUUUGUGUAACCAGGUCUCCUAUGGAGAAAUGAUAGGCUGUGACAAUGAUGAAUGCCCAAUUGAAUGGUUUCACUUCUCUUGUGUGGGACUCAAUCAUAAACCCAAAGGCAAGUGGUACUGUCCCAAAUGUAGAGGAGAAAAUGAGAAAACAAUGGACAAAGCCCUGGAGAAAUCUAAAAAAGAAAGAGCUUACAACAGGUAGUUUAUAGAUCAGAAGCAAAUAAAGCCCUGAGAACUGAUAUUUAUUUCCUGCCUCACCUUUUUGUUGAGGUUGCAGGAUUGUAAAAUGUAUAUUUUUAAAGGAUUUAUACAUCAAACCAUUCUUGUCAUAGGAAUGGCAGUAGGAAAAACGUUUGGUUUUUUUUCCUUUGAUACAGUUGUUAGCAAAAAAUGAACUGUUGGUCAAGGCAUAGAGCAAAAUAAUAAUGUUAACAUGUAAUAAUGUUCAGGUUCAUCUUAUAAAAAACAUAUUUUCACAAGCUGGUAAGACUUCACCAGUGAAAAUGUAGAUGGAAACGUGAAUAACAUUUCCAUUCUUCCUUGUAGAAGAAUGUGGUCUUGUUUUUCCAGAAAAUUAUUCUGUAGUUUGAAUAAAGCAGCAUUACUUUGCAAGUUCAAUGAAAAGUACAAUCAAAUGAAGAGCCUAGAGUGCUUAAACCACCUUAUUUUAGUUGGUUUAGACACACUUCACUCUGAAUUGGUUUUAUGGCUAUUUACUUGGAAGUAUGUGUUCUUUGUUUCAGUUAAAAUAAUUCUAAAACUAUGAGAGAUCACCAUACACCCUAUUAAUACAUCUUACAGACCAUUGCUUUCAGUGGGUUUUGGUUUCUAAGACAGAUGUUUAUAUCAGGGUGAAUUUUUCUGAUGGUGAUUGAUGCAAUAGCAAAAGAAAAGAAGUUACAGCAUGGCUCCUGUUAAAUGUGUCACUCUUAAUAGCUCUCAAUGACAACAUGUUACAAGCUUAUUUUUUAAAAUGCAGACGGUUAAAUUUUACACAACAUAUUUUAUAUACUGGCCAACUACCAGAAAGGCCUUUUAAAAAUGAUUUAGUAUAUUUUGUAUUUAACCAGAAAAUGGUUUAGUAGUGAAACUUAACAUAAAUCAAGGCUUUAUACUGUCACAGAAUAAUAGUGUAGCAGUCUUUACUUUGUAUAAGUUGUACAAAUGUACAUUUUCAAGUGGAGUUGCACUUAAUUGUAUUAUAAUUGGAAAUGCAUCUACAUGCCAUGAUGUAGUCGAUAUGCAUUUCCUUAUGUAUGUAUGAAAGUUGUACAGUUGUGAUAUUACGGAAUAAAUUAAACAAAUUGAAUAAUCCAGUUUA